GGUGCAGAGCUCAGAGCGGAGCGGCAGAGGAAGCAGCAGAGCACGGGGCAGGAGGACAGCGUGCCUCUGGGCUGGGGAGUGCUAGAGCCCAGCAAGCACUCCUGGGCAGAGGAGGAAUCAAGGGAGAAAGAAGGAAGCCAGGCACACUGCAGGUGCAAAGGAAGCCAAGGAGGUCCUGGGAGCCGGAGACAGGAGCCAUGCCCCACAGCUCUGACAGCAGCGACUCCAGCAUCUCCAGCCAGUCCCCCCCUCCUAGCAAGCAGGACUCUUCUGAUGACAUGAGGAAAGUCCAGAGGAGGGAGAAGAACCGCAUUGCUGCCCAGAAGAGCCGCCUACGGCAGACCCAGAAAGCAGAUACGCUGCACUUGGAGAGCGAAGACCUGGAGAGACAGAACGCAGCCCUGCGCCGGGAGAUCAAGCAGUUGACAGAGGAGAUGAAGCACUUCACCUCGGUGCUGAGCUCCCACGAACCGCUCUGCUCCAUCCUGGCAUCGCCCCCACCGCCGCCCCCGGAGGUGCUUUACGCCGCGCACUCCUUCCACCAGCCCCACAUCAGCUCCCCACGCUUCCAGCACUGAGCCCUCUGGGGCGGCUAAGAACCAACUUGUGGGGCUCGCUUUUCCAUCUGGAGAGGGGCGGACAGACAGACGCCCCUUCUCAAAGUGCGUACUCUGAGUGACUUUGUCUAAGACUUGUUCCCUGUGCAGAAAUGGCAGAGCCACCAGCAGGCAUCUUCAGGCGGUUUCCAGCUUGGAUCCUGGAAAGAGGAGGAAUUCACAACAGAGCAUCAGCCGUUCCCUGGUUCUCGCCUGGGGACGUCGCAGGCUGCCCCUGUGCCGGUGGCUGGCUGCAGCGCGCAGCAUCAGGAGCUCCAGGCACAGGAAUGAGAGCAGGGGUGGAGGGGAAGGUCGGGGGACACAGAGUACCAGGGUGAAACUGGUUUAUUUUUGUAAAAUAAAGAAUGAAAAUGC